UAGACGUAGUCGCCUCUGUGCGGUCUCGAGGUGGCGGAGCAAGACUGUUUUUCCGCAGGAGCUGCCAUGAACAGGCGGAACCAGGUGUCGUACAAGAGGCCAGCCGAGCCGACGUUUCUGGCGCGCUUCAAGGAACGGGUCGGGUACAGGGAAGGGCCCACCGUAGAGACCAAGAGAAUCCAGCCCCAGCUCCCAGAUGAAGACAGUGAUCACAGUGACAAAGAAGAUGAACAGCCCCAAGUGGUGGUUCUAAGAAAGGGCGACCUGUCAGCUGAAGAAGUCAUGAAAAUUAAAGCAGAAAUAAAGGCUGCCACAGCAGAUGAAGAACCAGCUCCAACCGAUGGAAGAAUCAUGUACCGAAAACCAGUCAAGCGUUCCUCGGGUGAAAAAUACUCAGGCUUAAAAGCAAGCUCAAAGAAGAAGAGAAAGGAAAAUGGAAUAAAUAAGCAGGACUCAGUUAAAAAGAACUCACAGAAGCAAAUCAAAAACAGUUGUCUCCUUUCCUUUGAUAAUGAAGAUGAAAAUGAAUAAAUAUUUUGGACCUAGUCUUCUUUAAGACUAUGGAGUGUUUUUAAAAAUAACUUUUUUCCUAUAUAAAGAUAGACAAGUUCAUUAUAGAAAAUUUAGAAAAUACAGAAAAAAUUUAGGGAGAUUAAAAACUAUGUCCAUUCAUCAAUACCCCCUUGACUUGAAAUGCUAACUCUGUAGACAUUAACUAUUAAUAACAUUUUGUUAUUUCCCUUG